GGUAUGAUGAGCAGCGAUCAACUAGCGCCCGAUGCUAUUACGAAGCGAUGGGGGCGAGGCUGCACGCACGACUCCAGCUGGACUUAUCUGCUCGCAGACCAGUAGUCUCUUUUGGGAGCAUGGCGCAGCUCGAUACUGAUCGUUGACUGGAGAUACGACCGAGUCUGCAGCGGAAGCCUCGGGCGAAAGAUUCGGUCCAGUCUAUGGCAUUCUGGUGACGGGUCUCCGAAGGCAACGAAGAUGAGUCGGAAAGGAAAUGUUCCUCGAGCUCGACGCUGUUCCGAUUUGCAGGCUGCGCUAUUUCAUCGGAUUCGUCGUCGAACUGAACUGAUCGGCCUUUCGCAUUUGAAGAGUGUUCGUGUUUAGGCUCCGCUGGUGUAUGAGUUUGGCUAGUCAGAGGUUCGGGUUGCCUUCGGAGGUGGUGGGGGAGCUGGCGUGAGCGACGGGAAUUGACGAGUUUGGAUCCCGAUCAGGUGGUUUUAUUUUCAGAGGCGAUUGAUCGGUCGAGAUAGUGCAGAUGGCGACUGAAUUUGCUGCAUCCCCGUUUCCCCCGACUGCUGUGAGCGCGGGUCUUCAUCCUACCUACAAACAGUUGCACGCUGCCGGCGUGCCAAUUCCACCGUUUCGAGAGCCCAAAAUCUAUCAGAGUGUCGUGGAUCUCAUCGGAUGGACUCCUAUGGUAGAGAUCAAUCACAUCACGAAGGCGGAGGGAGCAGUUGCCAGAGUCGUCGCGAAGGUGGAGGGCAUGAACCCAGGUUGCUCCGUCAAGGACAGAAUAGCUCUCGGGAUGAUCCAGGAUGCCGAAGAUAAGGGCUUGAUAACCCCAGGCGUUACUACGCUGGUCGAGCCCACCAGUGGCAACACUGGCAUUGCGUUGGCAUUUGUCGGUCUCGGAAGAGGUUAUAAGGUCAUUGUUGUUAUGCCCGACACCUAUUCCAUGGAGCGACGAAUGAUUCUACGAGCUCUGGGUGCAACUGUCCUAAUCACAGAUACUAUGAAGGGCGUGGAUAACCUUAUGGCGAUAUGCGAAGAAGUUAUUGCAAAAACUCCCAACUCGUUCUCGCUCGGACAGUUCGCCAACCCCCACAAUCCUCUAGCCCACUUCAAAUCAACUGGACCUGAAAUUUGGACGGCCACCGAGGGAAAAGUAGAUAUCUUCGUUGCAGUCGCUGGCACUGGAGGAACGGUUUCUGGAACAGGUCACUAUCUCAAGGGCAUGAAUCCAGAAAUCAAAGUGGUUGCAGUGGAGCCUGCUGAAAGUCCAGUCAUGCAAGGAGGAAUGCCUGGCCCUCAUGGGAUACAAGGUAUUGGUCCAGGGAUGAUUCCCGAAGUUACUGAUGUUUCUGUUAUGGAUGAGAUCGUGACUGUCAGCAGCGCUGAAGCUAUUGCUGCCUCCAAAAGACUUGGUUUGGAAGAAGGGUUGCUUGUGGGCAUAUCAUCAGGUGCCGCUCUCGCUGGGGCACUGCAGGUUGCAAAGCGGCCAGAGAAUGCCGGUAAAUUGAUCGUCACAAUAUUUCCCAGUGCUGGAGAAAGAUACCUUAGCACGAGUCUGUUCGCGGAUAUUAAGAUAGAAAUGGAGAAUCUGAAAGUCACAGAGGUCACUCCGAAAGAUGAACUGAAGAAUGAAGUGUAGAGAUAUAGUCAGCCUUCUAAGCACCAGAUUCACGACUCUCCACAACUCAUGUCAAUAACACGCAGCUUGUAAAUAUCUCUCAGUUGAUGGAUUUAAGUUUUGAAUAUCUGAUCAACAAUAAAGAGUAGGGCGAUGAUUAUUAUGUUAUCAGAUAUGGUAUGUUUCGGAGUUGUAUCAAGCAAAGUAUGGGCCCAAAAUUUUUCAAAGCCAGUUCAUCUGUCAUAUUUGAGCAGGGAACUGCAGAAAUAUAACGGAUGUUUCCUGCAUCUCUAAGGUAGAAAGUCCACGCCAAGAAAUCAUGUCAAAGAUCUGGAUCUUGAGUUAGGGACGAAUGUCUAUACAUUUGAAAGGAUUGUUAGUUCUCGCCACUGACAAUUUAUUAUCGAGGAUGUGAUUAGGAGAUAUCGCAUACACUGCCUUUUUGGAAGUGAUUAAUGUAUAUUACUUUGCGCCA